AUGUGCUCUUCUUCUAAGGCAGGCAGUGACACCCUUCAUUCAGGCGGAAGCCUACAAUGGCGAGAUCUAAGUCUCACCGACCGUCGUCAAAUUGAUAGUAGAAGCCUCAGGCAGCGUCGUCUUAGUCCUGCGGAUGAAACCUUGCACGUUCAACUCCUUUACCUGCACCAAGAACCUCUAUGCAUUUCUCCAGCAAUCAUGAAUGCUUCUGUCAUGUCAAACAUGGUGUGGUUGCUUGGCCAGUCUAAUGGUUCAUCUGUCAUGCUGGAUUGCCCUUUUGGUAAACUUGGUAACCUCAAUUAUUACUUUCCGAAGCCUGAAGCCUGA